AUGAUAAACAAUGUUUUUAAUGAAAACGUAAUUAGAAAAGAAAUUUUGAAAGACAAAUUGCAAAUAAAAGUACCACAAAUUAGAGCUCGGCCCUUCACUAUACAGGUUGACAAUUCUAUUAAAGGGUUUAUGAAAGAGUUUGGACAGUCUUCCAACCCUUAUGUGAAGAUUAGUCAAAAAAUUAAUAAACUACAUAAUACGAAUUAUACUUCAAAACAAAUUCGUCAACGUUGGACAAGUAAACUCAAUACAAACCUUUGUCUUGAACCUCUUGAUAUAGAUGAAAAAUUAUUUAUUAUCCAAUGGGUUGAAAGUGAACCACGAGGAAAUGCAAUACCUUGGAAAUCAUUAAUUCCAUUAAUGGAAAGUGAAUUCAAGAAAUUGCGCUCUGAAAGUAUGGUAAAAAACUUUUGGAACCUACGAAAAAGAAUUCAAGAUAGUACUAAAUCAAAAAUAGAGGAUGAGGACUCAAGAAAAAGAAAAAGAAGUCCUAAAUCGACAGCGAAAGAUGAACAACAACAAAAAAAAGUUUGUCGUGAACUUAAUAUUACUUUUAAAUAUGAAAACAUUCCAUCACAUCCCUUGAACUCAGGUUCGAUAGAAACUUUAUUUGAAAAUGACGAGAAUACACCUCCUUCGAACGCAAUGGAAAUCUUAUGCCGAGUUGCUGCAGUGUUCGGAAAUGACCUGGUCAUUUGA